ACCCGCCUCAGCCUCCCAAAGUGCUGGGAUUACAGGUGUGAACCACCUCACCCGGCCACUUGGGGUGAUCUUAAAUGCACGGUCCCUAUUCCCAAAAGCCUUCCUAGGCUUCAGAGAAUAAUCCUCUCACCUGCUGACUCCACCUGCUGGGGACACAGUCCCUGGAAGGGUCAGGUAGAAUGAUAAUUCCAACCUGUAGCUAACAAUUUUAUACUUUAUCUUUUAUUUCCCAUCCAUUAUUCUGUUUGAUCCUUACACCGGCCGUGUGAAAGAAGGUAACAAGUUAUCACUUAUUCUACAGGCAAGGAAACUGAUGCCCAGACAGGUUAGGUAGGGUCUCCAGGAUUAUAGGAAGAGGUAGAUGCUAGGCUUGAGUCCAGCGUUAGAAAUCUCCAGAGCUAGGGUGUUUUCUAAUAAGCCCCUUUGUUAGACCUGUUCUGGGGGCUGAGAACUAGUGAGGCUUAGUAGGAUUUUGUAUUUUCUUUCAUUCUGACUCAGCGCAUUUAGAGGGGAGAUGGGAGUGGAGACAUUAAGAAGAAAAAGGUAAUUCCAGAGACCUAAGCGGGGAGGGAUCAGCAGAGGAAAGGCCAGAUGAUGAUGCUGGAAGCCUCUGAGGAAGAGUGGAGGAAAGAAGCCAGAGAGAAAAGACUACUGCUGAAUUGUCCAUGGGGCCCACUGAGACUCAAAGCUAAGGUGGGAAGGGCUUCUAGAUACUAGAAGCCCUUCUAGAAAGACACUUUGCAGAUGUUCCCUAGGAGACUUGGGAAAAAUGCCUCCCUCCCUCAACAAAGCAGGCGGGGCCUGCUCAGUUGCCCUGGUAGUCACCACAUUGUGAGGUGGUUCCACUUACAGGCAGAGGGGUCCAAGUGGGAAGAGACAGAAGUGGUAGGAGCAGUGGGCUCUGCCUGUCCCCACCCCAACCUGAGGCCUCACACCAUCCCACGAUCAUGAGUAGUGCCUACCACUGGGAGGCCCGGCGCCGGCAGAUGGCUUUGGACCGAAGGAGGUGGCUGAUGGCCCAGCAGCAGCAGGAGCUACAGCAGAAAGAACAGGAACUGAAGAAACACCAGGAGGAAGAAAAACAAUCAGAGAAAAAAAUCGAGCCACCUAAGAAGUUAAAUGUGACGCGACCACCAGAGGUGAAAUUGUGGACCUCAUGGAAGCCACCACAUUCGCAGCUAUCAGUGCAGCCACCACCGCAGCCACCACCACAGCUGUCAUCACCGGCACAGGCACAGGCUCAGGCGCAGCCAUGGCCACAGCAACCACAACCACAGCCACCACCUCAGCCAACACAACCAGAUGCUCAAGCCCCUCGUACUCAGCCCACCCCCAAAUGCAGUCUCCAGAAUGAUUCCCAAAGGCCAGGUCUCACGAACCCAUGCCAAUCUAGCCCCACCAAAAACACUCAAUAUUCACAACUCAAGUCUACCGACUACAUACAGCAGUGGUGAUCCAGAGAUUGAACACAAGACCUCAGUGGCCAUCCCCAAAAAGCAGAUGAGCGACCACAUCUUCUCAGCAUCCAGCAACAUCUCCACUCCAAAAGCCACCCACUCGAAGAGGAGGCUGCCAGGAAUAAAAUGUAAUUUUUUUUUCCUGGAAGGAAUUAUGGGACUGGUCAGCUUUUGGGAAGGGAUGAGGGGAGAGGGCAGGAGGACUCACGAAGCAGAUGGAGAGUGUGGAAAGAGAGUGGAAGGCAAGCCUAUCCUCCAGGCAAAGCUAAUGGGAGAACUGGGACUUAGGUUCCCCCAAGAUGCAACUCCUACUGCUAUCACUACCUGCCCUUAUUCAGCAGUGAUAAGUCUGUUGGGGGCUUCAGCUUAUGACCAUCACUGGAGCCGUCACCCAUUCCCCCAGGCCAAUGUUUACUGAGAGAUAGACUGGGGAAGGGCCGCAUCACAUCAGAGCAGGCCCGCAGAAGCAGAAAGCGGUGGCAGGCAGUGAUGAUCCCCACCUCCAAGCCCAGUGCGAUGUCUGGCCCACAGUGGGCACUCAGCUGUCAAAUGCAUGAUGGGGGCAGGGAUGGAAAGAACUUGGAGGAAAGGGGGGCUGCAGCCUCAGAAACAUGACACCUGACCCUGGGAAGGGGAGGUAGGGCUUGCCUUCUAAAAUCCACAGUCUUCUCCCUUCCUGGCUCUCAG